CUGUAGCCAAAGUGGCAGGCCACUUUGGAAAGGCGCAGUUGCAGGCUCGCGAGCAGUUCACGCAAGCCUAAGUAGUGGGCUCUUGCCGGUAUACGCAGUAAGAGAGAGCACUUGGCUUCGGGCCCGGGCCUGUAGCAAAAGUGGCAGGCCACUUUGGAAAGGCGCAGUUGCAGGCUCGCGAGCCUUGUAAGGUGGCUUUGUCAACAUAGGCUCGUAUGAACUCGUGGUUUAGCAAGGUGUCAGCCUUGGCACCGUCGCACGAUCAGCCUUGGCACUGUCGCACGAUCAGCCUUGGCACCGUCGCAUUCAACAGAGAAGGGAUUAAGGGGAGACUGCAGGUGACAGAGGGUACCUUACCUGAGCGAUGGGGGGAAGAAACGGAGGGAGUAAACGGCUUGCGGUCGUACGAUCUGUUUGUCGAACAGCAAAACACAGCAAAGGUAGUUGAGUGCUUAGGGUAGCAAAUCUGGUGAGUAGGAGAUAACCUGGGUAGUUAAACAGAAGGAGGUGAACUACCCAAAAUUAUCUUAACAUCGUUGUCUUAGUUAUGCGGAUAAAAAGCAACAGCUAUCCAAGGGUUACGCUCACCGUAGGUAUAAAACGGAUUAGGUGAAAUGGACUUUCCUCUUUGCAGGUAGGUGAAGAAUGGAAGCAAUGUACUCUAACGUUUGUGGAUGAGACUGAAAAGCGACUCUUCUCUUUUCCGGUAGGUGAAAGGUGGGUGCAAUGCAGUGAUGUAUUGUACUGUUUGUAGAUGAGACUGAAAAUGGACCCCGCUUUUUGUAGGUAGGUGAAGGGUGGGUGCACUGCAGUCUACUCUUUGUGGAAAAUGGACCCCCGCUUUUUGUACGUAGGUGAAGGGUGGGUGCAACGCAGCCUACUCGUUGUGGAAAAUGGACCCCACUUUUUGGAGGUAGGUGAAGGGUGGGUGCAAUGCACCCUACCUACUACUCUUUGUAGAUAAUGGACUCUGCUUUUUUAGACGAAGGACCGAUCAGAGGUGAAUCCUAGCUGAGUAAGGACAUAGUUGCUAGAGUGAGAAGGAGGUGUGCACAGUGUGCUACUGCUUCAAAUUGGUUGACUUCCCCUGAGGAUUUCUUACAACUGGAGAUCUACGCUUUGUUCAUACAAUUAUUAUUCUUGUCGAGUUAUUAUAUCAAAUCCCUUGAUUGAAUUCAAUUCGUUCGUUAAUCGUUAUUACAUUUCAGGAGGCUACUACAGAAAGCUAGAGACAUGGCGAUAUGUCAAAGGCAGGGGCGCUGCAACUGUCUGUGCUCUGUGAGGGUGUGAACAGAUGUCUGCGCCCUAUGAAGUCGUGAACAGAUGAAUGACCACGUCAGGAAAGCAUACAGCAUGCUUUUCUUUGCUUUUCUUUUCUUUUCUUUUUUUUUCCCUUUUUUUUAUAACAUACAAGCCCCAUCUAUUCUGGGGGGCGGCAGUCUGGUUUCUUAUCGCAGGCAAGCAUUCCAGGCGCAGUUUUGAUGGGCGUACAGACGGUUGAGGUGUGAGUUGUGUGGUGAGGCAUUUUGUGGAGUCGUUGUUUCCGUUGGCACAUGCAUUGCUAUGGAGACAGUAGGUUGGCUCAACUCCCUGCGGCCAGCUUUCAAGCACCAGUACUCGAGCAAGCUGUAUCCGCCUGCAUAGUCAAAUUUGUUCAGGAUAAAGCGCAUUCAGAGGCUCACAGAGGACUGCAGAAGUGCCUGAAAUACAGGUAACUGGUGGUUUACUUGAAUCGUCCGCAUAGCGAACAUAGUGAAUCCUCCUAUAUGGAGUGCAAAUGAAGGUGAGCAGAUUGCACUUGUGAUUGGGGUGCUAAACAGUGCACCACUGUCCUUCCUAGCUCCUGCCAACUCCUUCCUAGCUACUGCCAAGCUCCUCCCAAGCUCCUCCCAAGCUCCUUUCUCGACACGUGCCAUUGCAAUACCCACAUGAUCAAUCACACACAGAGGAGAAGUAGCCACCAUCCAUUUACAUGGACUCAGCACCUUGGAAAUUUGAUCACACAGACGCCAACUGCCAUCCACCCGGUACAAAUGCACUUGGUAGAAAGAAUCUUGGGUGUGUAUUCCCAAUUAUUUGCUGAAUUCAGAACAACUUUUAAACCUGCUUUUUCAUUGCUCAAUGAGUAAUGCUGUUGCCAACUUGCCAAACACCUUUUAAAUUUUAAUG